AGUGGCUCAGAAUGAAGGUGGAUACUGUUGCAGCUGUGGUGAUGAUGGGUUACCACUGCAGGUGAACAUGAAAACAUCGUUACUUGGCGAUGCGAGAGGAGAGUUUGCGCAUCGUUGUCUCGGACAUAAGUGAGUGUGUAUGUGUCUGUGUUCAUGCAUAGUGCAUUAGUGUGCAGGAGUGUGUGUCAGUGUGCACACGUGUGGAUUAUGAGACAAGCAUUGUGACCAGCCGGGAGCAGAUUUUUUGCUGCAAUGACCCGUUCAAACACAGAUUUCUGUCCCAUACUCUGGCCGUCCUCGCCUCUCUACCUAGACAUACACCAUCACGCUAUCUUUUGACUUCAUGAAGAUUCCUGACAUCGGUAAUGUGAUGAAUAAAUUUGAGGUCCUUGGGAUUGUAGGAGAGGGAGCCUAUGGGGUGGUCCUGAAAUGCAGACACAAGGAGACAAAAGAGCUUGUGGCCAUUAAGAAGUUCAAGGACAGCGAAGAGAAUGAGGAAGUUAAAGAGACGACGUUGCGAGAGCUCAAGAUGCUCCGUACGUUGAAGCAAGACAACAUCGUAGAACUGAAAGAGGCUUUUCGUCGACGGGGAAAACUCUAUCUAGUGUUUGAAUAUGUGGAAAAGAAUAUGCUGGAGUUGUUGGAGGAAUUGCCCAAUGGUGCACCACCCGAUAAAGUACGAAGUUAUAUCUUCCAGCUGAUCAAAGCUAUUCACUGGUGCCACAACAAUGAGAUCGUUCACAGGGAUAUCAAGCCUGAGAAUCUCCUCAUCAGCUCCAAUGAUAUCCUGAAGCUGUGUGAUUUUGGCUUUGCCCGCAAUCUCUCAGAAGGCAGUGAUGCAAACUACACUGAGUAUGUGGCCACCAGGUGGUACCGCUCACCUGAACUGCUUCUGGGGGCUCCAUACGGGAAGGCGGUGGACAUGUGGUCAGUGGGGUGUAUUUUGGGAGAACUGAGUGAUGGGCAGCCCCUCUUUCCGGGCGAAAGUGAGAUCGACCAGCUCUUCACAAUUCAGAAGGUGUUGGGCCCUUUACCACCAGAGCAGAUGAAGCUGUUCUACAACAACCCUCGUUUCGCCGGACUCCGAUUUCCUUCUGUAAGUCAUCCUCAGACGCUUGAACGAAGGUACCUGGGUAUCAUCAAUGGACUCAUGUUGGAUUUAAUUAAGAACCUGCUGUGCCUGAACCCGACGGAGCGCUUUCUUACUGAGCAAUGUCUAAACCACCCCGUGUUUCAGGGUCUGAGGGGUCCAGACCGUCCCGCUCCACCCUCCCCCACCCCUCCUCGCUCCUCCAAGAGAAAACCGUACCACGGAGACAACACCAUCCCCAGCCGGAGCCAUGGCAGUAAGAGUACAGGUCACCGGCGAUUUAACAGUAAGGACUGCUCGUCUCUACCACGUCAUGAGGACCUUCACCGGAGCACCGACAGCUUCCUGAAUGGCAGCAACAUGCCAACCUCCUCCACCCUAAGCCCCACCCUACACCCCAAGAGCUACCAGGCCCAAACCCUGAGCCGCUCUGCAUCCUCCAAUAAAGACCUGGCCAACAACAACCUUCCCCACCUCCUUAGUCCCAAAGACGCAAAGGGAAAGACCGAGUUUGACUUCAACCUGGGGCCUAAAGCUGGAGGUGCCGCUGUAGGAACGGACAUCUCUGGUGCCAAGUACCUCAAAUCCUCCAAAUCAGGCCGCCACUCGUCCUUCCUGGAAGGGAAGACCAGCACGCUGCAGUCUGGGGACAAGCACAGUCGCCACAAUUACAUGGAAUCCUCGCAUGGAUCCAUGCCUUCCACAUCCUCCUCCAAAAGCACCUCAUCUUUCCUUAGCCUGUCCAAGAGCCACGGUGCGCUGAAUGACGCCAAGUCCGUGGGGAAUCUCGCCGAGGCGCGACUCCACCUGGACGACCCCAUGGCGGGGUCAGGCUCGGGCUCCCGCUACUUCCCCUCUAGCUGCCUGGAUCUAAAUGCAGCUCCCGGCAGCCCCAGAGUGGAGCGGCACGCCGUGACAGAACGGCAGGGUCAUAGUCCCAGUGGCCGGGGGAACCCGCGAUUGGAGGGGGGUACUCUGGACUCACGCCGUUCUUCGGGGCGGAAAAAGGCGCCGGAUGAGCCGAAGGCUACCGAUACGCUCGACCCAAACAGGGCCGCAGGAGCAGGGGGCGGCCAUGCUCAUAAUCUCCCCUCCCCUCACGAGUCCUACCCUUAUGGUCUCGGCUACACCAGCCCCUUCUCCUCACAGCAGCGGCCUCAACGCCACUCCAUGUACGUGCGGAGAGAGCGACACCGACCGCAUGGCCAGGAGGCGAAUUUGGUGGUCGGACAGGGCGUGCCGACGCGUGCCAGCAGCCUACAGCUCCUCUCUCCGCAGCUACAGCAUCGCACACUCCCACGACACAACACCAGCUCCUCCCGAGAGGAACUUGCACAAGAUCUGAGCAGGAAUGACCAGUCUCCUAAAGAGAAGCCUCACUCUCGCCCCCCGAUUAAAGAUCCUACGAGGGACAACACUGCUCCCUUCCACUCACAACGCCCAAAAAAUGAGUGUGAACGUCCUCUUGUAACUCAGGCUGGGAUGUACCACGACACUCAUAUGGAAGAUGGAACCUCGUCCAAGGAGAACAGAAUGAUCUACACUGACUCAAUGCCUCGCAGAGUGGGAAGCUUUUACAGAGUCCCCUCUCCUCGACCCGAUAACUCAUUCCACGAGAGCACCGGGCAGAGCAGAGUGCCAGCGGUGGUGGCAGAAAGCACAGCCAUGACAAACCACCCCAAACGUCAGACCAAUUUCGACCCCUGGAAUAAUUCAGAGACGAUGGUCAUGAGUGCACCCGAGGUCCCUAAACAGAAAGAAAAACAGGGUUUCUUCAGGGCUAUAAAGAAGAAAAAGAAGAAGUCGCAGCCGACGGACGGCAACGAGGGAAGGAACCCGAGCAUCAAGAAAAGCCUUUUCCCCCUCUUUAACUCAAAGAAUAGCUUAAAGCAUAACUCCUCUGUCAAAGUGCUCCCUGUUGUCCCGCAGCCCAUGGUUCCUGGUGAGGAUCAACAGGACCAGCUCGUGAUGCAGAGACCAGCGAAAUCCUCCUCACAUCACAGCAGUCGACACCGCAACCGGGACCGUGAUCGGGAACGCGACCUGGAAAGGGACAGGGAACGUGAGAGGGAUCGAAACCGUGAGAGGGAUCGCAAUCGAGACAGGGACAACACUUGGCCGCCUGAAAAGCAGGCAGACCUGCAGCCUCAGAACCAGCCCCUGAAGUCCCUGCGUAAACUCCUACACCUCUCCUCGCCUGCUUCGUCCAAUCCGCCCCCACCCCCUGAUCGCUCCGCAGAACUGCGCUUCCAGCCCCUUCCUAACCCCCCCUCAAAAGGGAACCCAAACGAUGGCAGAGGGCACCCGGCGGGCAGCGUCACGCCCAAUACCAAGAGCCGUAAACCCCACAACUACCCUCUGCCAGGGCAGAUCGAGUCCAGCUGGCACGUCUCUGCUCUGAAUCGAGCCGAGGGGGCACCGUACCCAGAUCAAAUGGCUAAUAAAGGUGGGCAGAACGGCAUCGGCUUUAGCAGAGCCGCCCGCACAAGAAUGCCAAACCUCAACGAUCUGAAAGAAACGGCUCUUUAGAUGGAGCCCCUAGUGUCUAACUUGUUACUCAGUCUCUCUUUCCUUACUGGCUACCUAUGGAAUGCUAUACAAUAUUGUUCAUACAGUGGUACGCAAUGCCACUUCUGGACAGAGGGUGGCAAUAGUUAUGUCUCAGAUUUGUUUUUUAAAAGCAUCCACAUUUGAUAGAAUUUGUAUUAUCGUUCAUUACAUCUGGGUUCAGUUUUUCUGUUGAAUAUCCUAUUGACAAUGAUGAUAUGAAUCUAUGUAUUUCUUUAUGUACAUUUUUGGACAGGGGACAAAAAGAUUGUGGAAUUGUAAGAGCUUUAGUUUAUACACAAGAGAAUGUAUAAAUAUUUAAUGUGUAAUAAUUCUAUAUUUCAUGGAGAUUAUUAAUGAAUUAUCGGUGUGUUAAUAGUUGCAAUGUACAGAGUGCAUUUUAUGGUUGUAACAAAAGUACUUAUUGUUUGAAUUAUUUUCCUCUCUUUAUCAAACGUUGUUUUCUGAUAUGAAUUCUCCAUGCAGAUCUAUAUUACGCUCUCUCAUACUGCAGGUGAAAGAAUCAGUUGUUCUCUCAAGGUUUCGUUUUUGGAGUUUUUCCCCAUUUUAAAGACAUGACAGCAUAUCAGCAAUUACUGAUGCUUCUUAUCCAGGUUCUAUGUUACUUUUCAUACGAGAAAUUAAAGUCCCAUGAUGGCUAUUUGUC